AUGGCUGCAUCCACUGUGUCCGUCUGCUCCAGCAACCUGAGCUAUGGCAGCCGGGUCUGCCUGCCUGGUUCCUGUGACUCCUGGAGCGACUCCUGGCAGGUGGACGACUGUCCAGAGAGCUGCUGUGAGCCCCCCUGCUGCACCCCCAGCUGCUGUGCCCCGACCCCCUGCCUGACCCUCGUCUGCAGCCCAGUGAGCUGUGUGUCCAGCUCCUGCCAACCAGUCUGCACCAGCUCCUGCACACCCUCAUGCUGCCAGCCGGCUUGCUGUACCUCGUCCCCCUGCCAGCAGGCCUGCUGCGUGCCUGUGAGCUGCAAGCCCGUCUGCUGUGUGCCUGUGUGCUGCAAACCCGUCUGCUCUGAGGCUUCCUCUGUGUGCUGUCAGCAGUCUAGCUGCCAGCCGGCUUGCUGCACCCCAUCCCCCUGCCAGCAGGCCUGCUGUGUGCCCGUCUGUUGCAAGCCUGUGUGUUGCAAGCCCGUGUGCUGUGUGCCCGUGAGCUGCAAGCCUGUCUGCUCUGUGCCUGUCUGCACUGGAGUUGCCUCUUGCCCAGCCCCCUCCUGCUGCCAGCCCAGCCCCUGCCCCUCCUCCUGCUGCAGACCCUCCUCCUGUGUGUCCCUCCUCUGCCGCCCUGUGUGCAGACCUGCCUGCUGUGUCCCCACCUCCUCCUGCCAGCCCUGCUGCCCCCGCCCAGCCUCCUGUGUGUCCCUCCUCUGCCGCCCAGCCUGCUCUCGCCCAGCCUGCUGCAGCCUCUCCUUGGGUCAGAAGUCCAGCUGUUGA